GGGAGGGGGAGGAAAAGUUUCUGGGCGGCUGGGAGCGAGCGGAGGGAAGGAGCCGUUGGCGGGGCUGGCGCCGCGGGAGCGCUGAGGCCGGGCCCCUGCGCGGGCCGGGCUCCCCCCUCCCGCCCCCGGCAUCAUGACACCGGAUCUCCUCAAUUUCAAGAAGGGAUGGAUGUCCAUACUGGAUGAGCUGGGAGAGUGGAAGAAACACUGGUUUGUGCUGACGGACUCGAGCCUGAGAUAUUACAGGGACUCCAACGCUGAGGAGGCUGAUGAGCUGGAUGGUGAGAUUGACCUGCGCUCCUGCACAGAAGUGACGGAAUAUGCCGUGCAACGCAACUAUGGCUUCCAGAUACACACGAAGGAUGCCACCUUCACCCUGUCAGCAAUGACCUCGGGGAUCCGGCGGAACUGGAUCGAGGCGCUGAGGAAGAACGUCCGCCCGGCAAGCGCACCAGAUGUCACAAAGCUAUCUGACUGCAAUAAGGAAAACUCCUUCCGCAGCUGCGUCCCCCAGAAAGGCUCCCUCAGGUCAGAGGAGCAGUGGCCAGGCUUGGGGUCGGAGGUUAUCUCCAAGGGCAGUAACCGGAAGGUGGAUGGGCCGCGCCACACCUUUGACUACGUGGAGCUGGCCCCCUUGCAGCAGGGCCCUUUGAAUCAGGGGGCCCCGCAGCGGACGAGAGGCAGUUGGAGGGGGAUCUCUGACCGAGUCACCAAGCACGAGGACCUGGAACGGGACCUAGCCCUCCGCUCUGAAGAGAGGCGGAAGUGGUUUGAGGCUCCUGACACUGGGGUCCUGCAGGGCGACAGCCCAGCAGGGGCCCUCUGCUGGAAGGCGUGUGAGCAGGAGCUGCUGGGGCCUGCCCUGUCAGAGGACCAGCGCAGUCGGCUGAGUGAAGAGAUUGAGAAGAAAUGGCUGGAGCUGGAACGGCUGCCCCUGAAGGAGUCUAAGCGCCUUCCUCUGACUGCACUGCUGAACCAGAGCAAGGGGGGCUUUGGAGACACAAGGGAGGCGCUGGAGAAAGAGGUCCAGUCCCUGAGGGCACAGCUGGAGUCCUGGCGUGCCCGUGGCGAGAGCCUUCGUGACACAGGAAAAUCCCAUGGAGAUGGCCACAUGCCCCAGGGAUUCAUCUCCCAGGAGGCAUGUGAGCGCAGCUUGGCAGAGAUGGAAUCUCUUCACCAGCAGGUCAUGACCGAGCUCCAGCGGCACCAUCAGCGGGAACUGGAGCGGCUGCGGCAGGAGAAGGAGCGGCUCCUGGCUGAGGAGGCUGCGGCCACAGCUGCGGCAAUCGAAGCGCUGAAGAAGGUGCACAAGGAGGAGCUGAAUAGGGAGCUGGGCAGGACACGCAGUUUCCAGCAGAGCGGGUCAGGCUCGGAGGCCCUCCGGAGACAGCACCAGUUGGACGUGGACUCUCUGAAGCGGGAGCUGCAGGUUCUCUCCGAGCAAUACUCCCAGAAGUGUCUGGAAAUCGGCGACCUCACAGAGAAAGCAGAAGAGCGGGAGCAGAUGCUGCAGCGCUGCCAGCAGGAGGGGAAGGAGCUGCUCCGGCAGAACCAGGAGCUGCAGACAUGCCUGUCAGAAGAGAUCCAGAGGUUACGGACCUUCAUCACCUCACAGGGCACAGGGGAUGGGGCCUUGCACAACGGCGAGAGGAGCUCCUGUGAGCUUGAGGUGCUGCUUCGAGUGAAGGAGAAUGAACUCCAGUACCUGAAGAAAGAGGUUCAGUGUCUUAAGGAUGAGCUCCAGAUGAUGCAAAAGGAUAAGAGAUUUGCCUCAGGGAAGUACCAGGAUGUCUAUGUGGAGCUGAACCACAUCAAGCUGCGCUCGGAGCGGGAGAUCGAGCAGCUGAAGGAGCACCUACGCCUGGCCAUGGCAGCGCUGCAGGAGAAGGAGUCGCUGCGCAACAGCAUCAGCGAGUAGAGGUUUGUUUUGCUCGAUUUCCUCACUUGUGGGGAGGUGGUGGUGGCUGUAUCCCAUCCAUUGACACCCCCUCGAGGAAACCAGCUCCCAUGUCUUUCACCAAUCCCCAUCCCAUGCGCCUGCAUAUCUGAGCACAUCGUUUGGACUGGCUCCUACGUGCACCUUCUUCAGGAUUUUAUAUGUGAAAAGAUAUAUUUUAUAGAUACUUCACUUUUUUGUUUUGUGGGUGGGGAACAUUUUAAAUCUACAAUAUCUUUUAACCAGCAGCUGAAGACCGAAGAAACACAGCUGUUGCUCCUGCCUCAAGUGCUCCUUGUGGGGUGCAUCUGUGGGGUCGCGAAUGGCCUUCACCCCUCUUAUCUUCCCACUCCUCCAGCCUGCUUGGAUGUGCUGGAAGGACCAUGCACCAUGAGACAGACUGUGGCUAGUCAUACGAGAGAACCAAUGUCCUGCACACGUUCCCCUGGACCGCUGAAAGCAGAGAGGUUGUUGGACAGAGCUGCUCAAGCUGUUGGGGACUGUGCUCUCGCUCUGUGGACUGUAUUGAAGGGAGGUUUCGGUACCCAUGGGCCAUGUGAAUGUCCCAGGGCAAGGCCAGUCCCGUGGAGGUUUUGGAAGAGCCUGCCUCCUGCUAACACACUCCUGAGAAGGACCAGGGGACUCUGCACCCGCCACUGCUGCGUCCGCUGGAGCCAAACAAUGAAGGCGGCGGCUGCCCUUCCGCACAUAGUUUAACUUAAUAAAAUCUUCAGCUAUCUGA